AUGAAAGGGCAACGAGAAUUGCGGGAACUUGUAUCAAAGCGUCGGCCGGCCAUUUACAGCGGCCAAGACUCCUACCAGCCGGUGCUAGGUGACCGAUGCGUCAUAUGUGCCAUUUAGGACCUCGGCGACGUGAGAAUACCAUACGUGGCUCUGAUUUUUGUGGGGACUUUCCGACAAUUUUUGAAAUAUUUGAUUCCCACAAUAAAAAUUAAUCAAUUUAUCGUAAAUAUCAUUUUAUUAAACUUCAGUUUUGAUAAGAAAACAGGGAGAACUUCUCACCAACAGAAAUCAAGCAUAUUCUGAACUUUUAGCUUUCAAAUAGUGUGCAUACAGUGGAUGAACUGAACAACUUUGGACUAAUUUAUUCUCUUUCAAGGUUUUUCUCAUGAAAUUUUGGUUUUCAACCUUUUUGGAAGAGUCAAUCUAUCAAGAUGCAGUUCUAGAUCGUAUCAGUGGACCACAAUUUCCUUUUUUUCCGUUUGAUCAGAUAUGAAAACGAAGAGACCGUGAGAAAAACGUUUCUCGCGAGGUGUACUAGAAAUUUCAGCGAUUAAAUAGGUGAAAAAGAAGUUUAAUAUAGCUUUUUCUUCGUUUUUAUAGCUCUUGCCAGAACUUGGCUUGAGGUCGAAGGCUUCAAAGCUUUAAGUGGUAGCUUGGCAUAUUGGAAAGCCGAGAAAUUCGGAAGCUUUGAGCAGAUCUUUUCUCUUUUCUCUUUUUGAGUUGAGGGUUCACUUUCGGAAUACUCUUUCUUUUAGUUUUAUUCCGUUUGACAUGGCUCUGAGCUUUUGUUCACAUUUUUUUCAGAAGCAGUGGGAAACAAAAUAUUACCAAAAACCAUUCAAUUUCAAAAAAACCCAUUUUGGUAAGGUUUUUUCCUAGUUUGAAACUAUUGGCAAUAUUCAAGUGUAUGAAAAAUAGAGGACGGGAAAAUUUUCCCAACUAGUUUAUGGAGAAAAAUAAUGUAAUCUCAAAAUUAGUUCCUCACUGCUUUCUUUUUGGCGUAGAACUCAGAAGAGCAAAGUUUUCAUUUUAGACAUGCCUAUCUCAAACCGAUUUUUCAGUGGAAUUAUUAAAAACUUCAUGGUAAAUCUUCUAUAAAAUUGAAAAGAAGUUCUGAGAACUAGGAGCAUGCUUCUUCGGAACGCAGACUUGCUCCCACUUUCCUCAUUUUGGCAUGGAUAACUUCAAUUGGACUAUUUUUAGAAUCAUCAAGAAACGAAAUGAAAAGAAGAAGAUCUCUUUAGAUUUCUGAUUACAGUAAUCCUAUUUAAGAAUCAUGCAAAGUUCCGAUCGGCAUGCCUGAUCUCCACCAGGGAAGCUUCGAUUGCGGACCAGAUUUCACGGCUGGCGAUAGUACGUCGGCGUAUUUGAAAAAGGAUUGAGUUAGCGAAAUUCUCGUGCCUGUGUGUCUACAAGUUUGCACUUGCUGACCACCGUGGUGAUGGCGCGUGCCAGCGCACGACACUCGUCGCUCACCUGUGCGUGUGUGGACGUGAGCGCCAGCCCCCGAGGGGUCAUUGUUUGCCGUUUUCGUCGGUGUUUCGUACAGUCGACUGUAUGCGGUGUCAGAAGCCAUCGGGAGAGGCUCUUACGGCGGUUGCCUCCACCUCUUUCACCUCCAUACCACUUCCUCUUGUGACCUAUCCGUGCCACUUCUAAGCUUCGUCGGAAAAUGACUCUGUCUUCUCAGGACCGCCCUUUUCGAGGUUAGAUUUGUCGCGCCGUGGCAGUCGUACCAAUCGGCUGUCCUUGAGCGUGUGUCCUGUGGCAAUAGUCAGACUGCUGUGUUUCUCUUUUGUUUCCCCUCGCUCAUCCGUUGGGAUCUAUACAGAUCUCCACUAAUCCAAAAUCGACUUCGUUCUCAUCUCAGAUUUUUGCUCUUUCCACACCUUCUCCCCAAACUUUUCGUUUUGUCCUCUCAAUUAUCUCGUUUAUUCUUCUAAUUUUCGUCAAGGAGAAAACUCAGACCAGUAUAAUUUUCUUCGAGUCCCUUACUUGGAUCACUCUUCAAGGCUCACCGACAAAAACGAUAUUCAAGGGCGUUGACUGAAAAUCGUUGUGAAAAAGUGUACUAAAGAGUAGAGGUCAUUCUUCUAUGGCAUGACCAAUGAUUCAACGAAGAACGAAUUCUUUUUUUUUGGUUCGGCGUCCUCUAGGUGGCAUUUAGAUAUUGUGAAGACUCGGAAAAUGAACUGGCAAAGGCGUGAAAGAGUUGAUGAAGGUUUUUUUUGUGAUCAGAUGAGCUUCAAAAACUCUUUUUGCAAAAAUACUUCCAAAAGUUUUGCAGAUAACGUUUCUCCCAGUUAGGCUUUUUUUUUUGGUAGCCGUUCAGCUUACACAAGUUUUCAAACCUUUAUCACACCGUUCAACAUGAUUUUUGCUGAGAUCUUUAAGCUUGAAAAAGGAUAUCAAAAACUUCUAAUUAUUCUAUAUAUAUUUUUCUUUUGGCAUGACCUUAAGAAAAGGAAAGAACCUUGGAAAAUUUAAUGACAGAUAGGUUUCCGGAGAGAAAUUAGAUAACACUCUCCAACGGGAUUUUUGUUGCGAUAUAAGCUUGUUUCGAACUUCAAAUGAUGUCACUUGGAUCAGUUCCUUUGCCAUAUUUGCCCAUCUGACCCGAUCCAAAAGCAUCCGGAAUGGCCGUGCGGCGUCGACGUGUGUUUUUUUUCCAACUCGGUCGACAUCGUCUUCAACUUUUCGGCCGUUCUUCUUAUUCACUCCUACAGGCCACCAAAUCGUCUUCUCCUUAAUGGGCAGCCGCGGAAAUCGCGGAUGUUUUGAGCGGCGGCGAGAAGGAGGCGCCGCACGCUUUCGUGGCAGGCAGCCUGACCUCGUUCCCUACUGAACCAACUGCGGUCCACCACUCCCAUUUUUCUCGAUUGUCUAUCUACAACUACUACUGUCACUUGGCGCCAUUAUCCACCGUAGCGAGUUUGACUGAAUUCCCUUCUGAGUUUCGUUUUUGCCUUCCGCCGGCUUUUUGACCCCAAUUCUCAGCCUGCCUUCUUUUCUUUUAGCUUUGGUCAGUUUCUGUCUUUUCUUGCAUCCAUGCUGGGAUUUCUAAGUGUUCUUUUAUCAGAAGUAAACCAUCAAAAAUUGAAGAUCCGGGAGUAUGGAUGAAGAAGAACAGAUUCAUUUUCAAAGCUUGAGGACGUACUUUUCAUCAGCUUUUCUGAGUCCUUCCUCUAUUAGGCUGUACCGUUCAAUUCUGUUUAACAGUUCGAUGGCAGAAAAAGAGAAAAGUUCGGAUUUUCUGAUACCGAGGUGACCUGAUUUUCUGAUACCGUGACUUACAUUACCAAAGCUCGAAAAUUCCUCAAAAAACUGAGUUUUUGAAAAUCAAUCUUGCCGUCGGACCAAAAAAAAAACUGAAAAGCAUCUGAAGAAAGUUGAGCAAGUACUUGAAUUUUAAGAAUUUUAAAAUUUCAGUUUCGACUUUUCUAAUGAGAUCAACUUCGUUUCUGACCUUGGAGAGUCUUUCCUUGACGAUGCCGCAAAAAAUUAAGUUCAUGGCACUGAGCUGACUUUUUCAAUUAACAGCUCUAUCUUUGAGUCAGGAUUGCUGGUCCUGUUUUCCAAGCGAGGAAAAAAUACGAUCACGGCCGGACAAUUAGUACAAAAAAGCAAACAAAAGUUUUUGGUUCAACUCCUACAGAGACGGCUCCUCCAGGUCACUGCGCUUUUCGUGCGAGCGAACACGCCAAACAAUAAGUUUUUUCCUAAAAGCACUGAUUACGCCGAAAUAAACAGAUGAUAGGCGGCUGCGCGGUAUCAUGCCGUGUUCUGUUUUUCCACCAACUCGUCAACAAUAUAACCCCGUUGUCUAGGAGGUAUUGGCAAAAUAACUCCAUGAUAAGUCGUCUAUGAGCACGGCUGCGUUCCUUUGGACCGACAUCAGCGAUAAGCCAUUUUUCCCUAUUCAAGCUUAUUCUUGUGUGGUCCAAACCUAGCUCUCAUUUUUUUGUUCCCGUCGUGAUAAAGACUCUUUUUCGUUCCAAGCUUAAUCCUGCAAAAUAAGUUCUGGGUAUACGUUUUCUGUAUAGUUUUCGAGAGGAAAACUUCUGAUGCCAAAAAAAGCUUGCUUUAUUCAUAACUGCUUUGAAAUUUAGGAUGAUUUUCAUUCAUUGCAGAGCUAACUUUUUUCAGAAAUUUUCUGAUGAAAGCUUUUUCUGAAGAAUUCUCGAUGCAGACAAAAAAUUACACCAUUGAGAAUCAGGUCAUUUUAUCUCUUUGAUCUUGUAAUCCUAAAGAAAACACAGUUUUUGGAAGAUGAUUUUUAUUCUCAAAAUUGGUUGACUCUUUCAUGGCAAAUUGUAUCAAGAGUGAUUUUUUCAAGUUCGCAAGCCUAUAUUUCGUGCCUUUGAAACAACCGUUAUCUUUUCAGAACUAACCAGGUUUCUCAAAGAGCAGUGUAGAUUUGUUUUCUGAGAAAAACUUCAGAAUGGCACGUUUUCUCCGUGAUAUCAAAGAAUGUCUACGGCAUUCAGCUUCAUCCGAAGCGGGAUUUUGCAGAGAGUCCGACUGCAGUCAUGCCUUCUGCCUGUCAAAGCUGUUAUGAUAGUCGUGCCUGUCUGUCACAUCUCUACAAGGUUUGCGGCGGUGCACGCCAUUUCAAAACUAGGGCGCCAAUAGUUGAGAUCCGACCUCGCGCAUCUCUUCCAUUUCUCGUUCGGUCGUUCACCUUCUACGCCGCCGCCGACCUCCGCUUCCCGGCACGGCCUCCAUACCUCUUUCCGAAUUCGGGACAAAUCCAACAUUGCGCAUUGGGUCGUCGCUGGUUUCCAUUCAGACAUCUCCCACUCUCUAACAAAAUUAUUCAAUUCAUGCCUUCUGUGCAUACAAUCUUCACUUCCUUGUGAGAAGCAAGCAAGUCUUGAACUGAUCAGUGACCUCCUUUCCGUUUCAAAGCUUGAAAAACUUCUCUAUCCUUUUUAGAAAAAGAUGCCUUGGCUUUUUCACUCAUGCCAAUAACGUUUCCUCUUGAUUUAUUUGAGAAUUUUCGUCUUUUUUUAUUCCUGCAAAGCUUCCAGAUCUAUAUUGUCCUUUUGCUUACUGUAAUUCCCCUCGGAGCAACUUUUUGCCGCACUACUUUUUCUCCAAACAAAAGAAAUACCUUGUGUAUGAUGACCCUUUCAAGGAGUGCGUCUGCCGGCGAAUUAGAUGCCCCUAAUAGGGUAAUUUGCCAUUAACUCCAUCCCAAUAUGAGCACGGAGAUUCAAUGCCGUCGUUUCUAAUGCCGCUCCUUUUGGGUCGAGUGGCGGAUAAGUCUCUUUCCUGCACGUAAUAUUCCAUUGUUGACACAUUGAGAGGAGGUCAAACUCAGCGCACGACGUCCGUAGGUGCUUUCCCCAAGGCGUCCGCGAACACUUUUUUCUUCAAUCGCCGCUGGCACUUUUUCAUUGAGGUCGCGGUCGUGAAUAAUAGCUUCUCCCUUACUGAAAACGGUCAUUUUCACUUUCUAUUUCCUUUUUAUUUCAAGAGACUGCAAAGAAUGGAGCGUUUUUUUUUCAUUUUGAGUUUUUUCAACAAUUUUUGAUAAAAAAAAUUCAAAAAUUGCUUGAUUAGCAUUAGAAGUUAGAAAGUCGAAGAAUGCGUUUUUUAGGAUCCUCAUCUAAAGAACUGGUUACUGAAAGCUUGCUGUUUUCUCACAGAUUGCCGACUUGCGUCUACAAGUCGAGAAUAAUCUUUGAACACUGUUUUCUCAACAUUUUUCUGCGAGCUCGACCUCAAGUGAUGAAGCGUUCUUUUUUAGCAGCUGACCGAAAAAAAAAUCGAAAUGAGCCAGCUGAGGUUGAGUGAGAUAACAGAGAGGCUGGUAAACAUGCGGUCAGCUCUCCUGUUAGAUGUUCUUUGACUCAUUGGCAGAUUUCAGUCUUAGUUGCCAACCGAACAUUGUUUUUAUCAUCAAAAAAGAACGCAGGACAAAGUUCGAUCUCCAAAUUGAUUUGAUGACCGCUGCAAUGAGAGAUUUCCCUGCAUCCCUUGUUUUUUUUUCUUCUGUCCACUCGAUCUUAUUCACUUUUCAUUUCUUGUUCCGUAGAUAAAAUCUAACCUUGCCAUCGCUUGGGGCUCAAUGAUUGGAAAUCAACGCGAAACUUGUUUGUGUUAUCAGCCAAAAUACUGAAUUUCGUUGCCUGUUACUUCGUUUUUGGAGAGCGGCUGACCAGCUGGUGCCUGCCACGGUUUGUUAUCAGGGGUCGUUGGCACGCGCCGCUGAGGCAAUCAGCUGAUCUCGAGGCUACUUCGUUCACCUCUUGCCCUUCCUCUCUGUUCACGUGUCUGGUUCUUUCCAGGUCCACGAGUUCGCUCCAUCAUUCGUUGAGCAUCAUCCAUUUUUCGUUCGUAUCUUCAAUUUUGAUCCCUAUUCCUUUUUCCGUACUCAGCUGAGCCAUUUGCAGAAAUGUUGGGUCUGGAGAAGCCUGGAUCUUCAGAUCUUUCGUCCUCCUCAACUGACACGUCGGCCAUCUCUCCGGUCAGCGUCAGUAGCAUCCCCUCCUCUCCCGAUAAGGAAAAGAAAAAGGUUUGGACACGUUUUGUUGAUCUUUUCGCCGGUUUCCAAUUGGUCAACGGCGGACUGUCCGUGUGCAAAUUUUCUGCGCACGUUCUCAUUCUACGUCACAGAUAUUUGCACAGCGACUCUUCGCGUGCCCCCAGGCUGAUUGGCACGAAUCAUUCGUACUGAAUUCUGUGCUUACAGGUUUCCUUCGUGAGCUACAACCCCGACAUCCCGCAAAUUGUGACGUCUUUCAAGGGAUAUCAGAAGCUUAUGUUCCAAGGCUACCGUUACAACAUCUACCAAGUUCGUUUGUUUGCCUCUAAUCAUCUUCGAUAAGAAGAAUCAAUCUGUUUCCGGUGUGAUGAUAAGAAGAAACCAGCUGAUUUCGUAAUCUGAGAAUCAUUUUUCUAUUUCCAGGUCGCUCCUGAAAGAAAUUUCAAGUCGUGGCGGUGCGUCUGUGCAAAGAAGAUGUCUGAUGCUGGACAAUGGUGCAAAUGUCGAGCGGAAACGACGAUGGACGACAAGAAUGCCUGCACAAAAGGAGCCCAUAAUCAUCCGCCAAGACAUCACGUUGCCGAACUUGAGUUCAUCAAGGUGAGCAAUUUUUUCGUUGUUUUCGCCCUUUUUCAAUCCGUUCUCAAAAGAAAAGACGAUUAGUGGUAUUUUGGUUUAAAUUUCGUCCAUUCUGGAUCCUAUGACGAGCACGUGAGAACAGGUGUCUGUUAUCUUGGCUUUGUGCCAGUAAAACUUAUUUUUCAUCAUGUGACAGUAUAUUCAGGUAGUUUAGAGUCAAAAACAGCAAAAAUCAUUUGCAUCUGAAAUCGAUUUUUUGUUCAAAAUUUUGUGGACUCCCAUAAGAUUAGAACUACUUUUCUGUGAAUUCAAACUACUUUUGUUUCAAGAACUCGUGAAGAGUGAAAAGUGUUGUUCGGUGAAUCAGAAGCUGGCUCAAUAUACCAAAUCAGGAGAGAAGAACUAUUAAAUGUUCAAGAUUUUGAUCCGAUGUCGAUCAGAAGUUCAGAAUCACUCCAAAGACUUAUCAAGUUGUCCACGAAUCAAUUCCGUGGAGUGUACUUAUUUGGAGUACUGAGAUAAUAGCUGAAAAAAGAGGUCAGAAGUCGGCAUGGACUUGAACCAAUUCUGAGUGCGGCUGAAACAUGGUUGCUUCUGUGGCGCCGCCGUCGCAGUUCAAGGCCGACGUCCGCGGAAUGGCACAGCGCAACAGUCACGCACCCGGGUGUCGUUAACCCACAUGUUUGUCCACGGCAAUGGCAAAUAGAUGGCGAUUCGACCUCGAUUUUCAAACUUCGGCCUGAUCCGAAAGAGAUUGUUGGACACCUCAUCAAUUUGACCGCGUGGGAUUAGGUCAUGCUAUGAUCGGAGAGAAAGAGAUAGACCUUUUUUUGGAAGGAACGGCAAGAGAAAUGAAGACACUGACUUGACUGAAAGAUCUUUCGGCCUUUUCUGAAAAGGCCAAGGUGUCCUUUGCCGUCUUGAAGUUCAUUUGUACUUGCGCGAAAACUUUGAUCAAAGAUUUUUUCAAUAAAAAAAAAAAUCAAGAAGUUAACGUGGUCUUUUUUAGUCCCAACUGUUCGUGACGGCGUUGGAAAAUCCUGAGCUGGAUGCCGGUGAUUUGGUGAACCAAGCGUCUGAAUACUUAAGCGACGGAGUUUGUGAGUUUGAAAUAUUUAGAAACUGGUUUUAUUGACUUUUUUUUAGCUUUUGACAAUAAGGAAAGCGUUCGAAAAAGCAUAGUUCUUGCCCGAUCACGAGUCGGAAAGCCAAGAAAGCCCCGAAGCAGACCGUCAAAUCCCCUCAAGAGAAUGCGAUUUGAUGCUGAUGUGAGUUUGAAAUCUUGCAGAACUGUUAUAAUUUUUGUUUAUUGUAGACUGAGGACGAAGAUGACUACAAAACCGUCACAAAGAUCAACAAAAUGGAACACGAUGUGGUUAGUAUAAAAUCAGCAUAAAGUGUUUAAACGUUUCAAUGUUUAGUCAUGUAUUCUGCCCCUGUUCAACAACGGACUGUCAAUGGUGAAAGUUGAGUCACCGUUCCGGCAGACGACGCCGGUUCAUCAACAAUCCAAAGCCAACGAUCACAACAACCUGCUCCAUGCUAACGUCUUGAACGGAAUGUAAGCUUUGUUGGAUUUCCGAAUGGAACAUUAUCUAAGACUUCAAAAACUUCAUUUCUUAGAAUGAAAAUUUGCAGGUCCAACCCUUGGAUGGGACUCGACGACACGAUGACUGUCCUCUGGGCGAAUAUGCUCAAUCCGAUGGGUGGCAUGGACAUGCUUUCGACGAUCGCUGCUUUGACGAAGCAAACUUCUGCUGCCGCCGCACCGGCCGCCAUGCCCGUUAACCCCCCUCAGAACAAUUUGGUGAACAACCACAUCCCCAAGGAGGUAAAAAACCUAUUCAUUUGAUACGCUCAACCAGAAAAAUUCAGGCAACUAUAGCAACUUCUGUUUCGACCAUCAAAGAGACCCUCCCUGCAAUGGCCAACAUCCAGACGAGCCCAGUCAUUCCUGCCGCCAACCUCAUGCCUACGCAACCAAUCAUGAAGGAUAGCAGCUGUCAAACCGCCGAGGUAUAAUUUUUAAACACUAGUACAAAGGGCGGUCGUUCUGUUAAGUGCAGAAUGAAGAUUCACGUGAUUUCUCUUCAGUUCAACUGAUCUGAAAAAGCCCUUUAUUUGAGCUCAUUGGUCUGGAAAAAAAGAAAAAAAAAUGGAUUUACAGGAGAUUCGCGUGUCACAGUGCUUGACUUCUGGCUGCGGCUGCCGAGUAGUUCGAGUUUGUUGCUGCGAGGAAGGCAUCUGCAGAAACCGGCGUACUGCUGCUUGUUGA